GUGAUCUCAUAACUUAGCCAUUCUAAAACCCAUUCACCGUCUCUGUUUCGUUCGCCGUGAUUCAUAGUCGUCUCGUCUCACCGUCACCAUCACCGUCUUCUUCUUCCAUUGACAGGAUCUUGUUUAGAUUCUGCAAUGGCUUUCAGGCAAACUUUAUCUAUAAGGUCCAGGCUUUUCGCUCGUCGUAACCAACCAGUUUAUCAUAUUAUCCCUCGUGAGAGUGAUCAUGAAAGGGAUUCAUUCUGUCAAGAAACAUCUCAGAGAAGUUACCAUAGCUUUCUUCACCAAAGAUCCGUUAACAAUUCUGAUUUCUCCAAAGUUUCUGGAGGAAGCUUACAUUUGCCUCUUGCUCCCACGUCUGGUUUUGCUUUCUAUCGUUAUAUGUCAAGUGCACCUGGUGUUGGUUCAGAGAAGAUUGGUGUGAUGUCUGACAUUGCAGAAGUCAUAACCGACUCAACAUUGCAAGAUGUGCCAGCUCAGGCUGCUGCUGCUGUCAGUGAAGUUACACUUGCAGCUGCUGACUCUUUCUUCCCUAUCGCGGCCCUUCAGCAGUGCAUUGAUAUGGUGCAUACAUUCACAGGCUUUGAGUGGUGGGCAUCCAUUGUUGUAGCAACCAUUUUGAUCCGAUCAUCAACAGUUCCUCUCUUGAUCAAACAAAUGAAAGACACAACCAAGUUAGCGCUGAUGAGGCCACGGUUGGAGUCCAUCCGGGAGGAAAUGCAAAACAAGGGAAUGGACUCGGUUACGAUGGCAGAAGGUCAAAAAAAGAUGAAGAAUUUGUUUAAAGAAUAUGGUGUCACUCCAUUCACCCCAAUGAAAGGGAUGUUUAUUCAGGGACCGCUGUUCAUCUGCUUUUUCCUUGCUAUUCGAAAUAUGGCAGAGAAGGUACCUUCAUUCCAAACAGGAGGUGCAUUAUGGUUUACCGAUCUAACAACUCCCGACAGCUUAUACAUCUUGCCGGUUAUAACAGGAUUGACAUUCUUGAUAACCGUUGAGUGUAAUGCACAAGAAGGCAUGGAAGGGAAUCCGAUGGCUGGCACUGUAAAAACUGUUUGUCGGGUUUUUGCUCUCCUCACAGUCCCGAUGACAAUGAGUUUUCCACAGGCCAUAUUUUGUUACUGGAUCACAUCCAACCUGUUCUCUCUCAUGUAUGGACUUGUGAUAAAGCGUCCUCAAGUGAAGAAGAUGUUACGCAUACCUGAUCUGCCUCCACCUCCUCCAGGUCAACAACCUUCAUUUGACCUGUUUUCAGCUCUCAAGAAAAUGAAAGCCAUGACACAGGACCAUACACAGAACCAGAUAGAACCACCUUCGCCAGUAAACCCGAGGCUUUCCUCAACAUCGCUGAGUCCUGUUAGUAAGAGGCUCAAGGCUUUGGAGAGCCAAGUAAAGGGAAGGAAGAAGAAUAGCAGCAAGAAGAAGUGAUUUAAAACGGUGCAUACUAUUUUUGUUAAGAGGGCCAAACGAAAAAAAUAAUAAAGCUUUUGAGUCGAAAGUGAACACAGAAUUUUCUCACUGAUGAAACUACUCUGUGAGCUAAAAAGCUGGAGGCAGCUAUUGUAAGUUUGUUUUGACCAAUUAUAGAAUAGAAGAUUGUUUUUAUAGAAACAUUUUGGAUAACAUAUACUUUUUUAUCUUGUUAAGUAACAGAACUUGAACAACAUUGGAUCUUUUUGAACAUCUUGGUAAUGGUUGGAUUUAUUCAGCACAAGCAUCCAUAAUCUUUGUAGCUAUGUUGAAGUUUAUUGUUUAUAGAGCAGAGUUAUAAUAGAUAGAGUUAAUAAGAAGGACGUCGUCGAGGAGCAGUUUCACGUUGGGCGUUGAAGUAAACAGCAGCAACAGGUUGAGAAAGACCAAAGUAAGAAGAGAAAGCGUUUGUGUUGAAACACUCUCUAGUUUCCGGCGCUGCCUUCACAGCUUGCCUCCCUCUCUGUUUGAAUAGCGCAAAGACGUAUCUGUGUAUUCCCGCCACCGGUUUAGGCGUCUCAUAUCUCACUAUCUCUCUCCCUGCAAUCAAUAAAU